CGUAUGUGGCAUCAGUCGUUCUAAUCUCAUCGACAGUACAUACAGACCAUUGAAAAUGUUCAAGUUGGUGGUAUUGUUCUCCGUGCUCGCUUUGGCAGCGGCCAAGCCUGGUUGGGUGGCGCCAGCGUUGACCUACAGCGCCGUGCCAGUGAGCUCUGUAUCCCAGUACAGCAGUGGAGUGUACCACGGAGCGGUGAUUCCCUCAGUAUACAGUGGCUACUCCCCCGUCGUCCCCGGCUACGUACCAACCGUCAGCGCUCUGGCCCAAGCCCCCAACUCACCCGCUGUUGUCUUGGACGCUUACAACGGAGUUCCCCUGGACACACCUGAAGUCGUCGCUGCCCGCGCCGCUCACUACCAAGCUAAGGCCCUCGCUGGAGUUGGAGUACACACCAUUGCCAAGCGGUCCGUCGUAACACCCGUCAGCCCCGUCGUCUCACCCUACACCUCAGUCGUCAGCGCCGUCGGCUCACCCUACACAUCAGUCGUCAGCCCCGUCGCCCCCGUCUCUCCUUACUACCGCAGCGUCGUGUCCCCCGUAACCUACUCCACCCCCUACGUAUCUGCCUACAACGUACCCGGCUACGCGUACUCUGCUGUAGUACCCAAAGCCCUCUCCGUACACCCAUGGUAAAUAACUCAUCGACUGGUCAAUAUUAAUAUCAACGACCGAGAUUUAAGAAACAGUAAGCUAAUAUAAAUAAUGUCAACACUGCCAAAAUAAAUAAGAUUCAAAUAUAA